AUGACCAACACUCAACCACAAUGCGCUCUCCCAAGUGCCACGGUUACAAAUCCCAGAGACAAUAAUCAUGUGAACGCUGUAAUUACCAGAAGCAAUAAAUCCAAUAACAAACCGGAGAGGAAUCCUGAGGAUGAGGAUAUGUUGAUUGAAGUGGAUGUCGAGAUUAAAGAGAAUGAGGUUAUGAGUCAAGAAGUCAAAAGGGACGAAAGGGUAGUAAAAGAAAAGAUAGUUACACCAAAGCCGACAGUUAAACUCCCUUUUCCCACGAGAAAUAGGAAGAAAGAACAACAUGAGAAGAAUUUCGAGAAGUUCUUAGAGAUGUUCAAGAAACUUGAGCUGAAUAUUCCUUUCUUAGAGGCACUUGAGCAAAUGCCCACUUAUGCGAAAUUUAUGAAGGAUAUCAUUUCAAAGAAGCGGACCAUCGAGAGUGAUCCGAUUAUUCUAACUGAAACUUGUAGUGCUAUUUUGCAGGGAAUGAAGAUUCCGGUUAAAAAGAAAGAUAGAGGUUCAGUAACUAUACCAUGCACAAUUGGUGAUAGGUCUUUCAAGAAAGCACUGAUAGAUUUGGGAGCAAGUGUGAGUCUUAUGACAUUAUCCAUUUACAAAAGGUUGGGAAUAGGUAAAGUACAGGACACACGAAUGACACUCCAGUUUGCUGACCAAUCAAUUAAAAGACCUUACGGAGUAGUAGAAGACGUGUUGGUGAAAAUCGACAAGUUCGUAUUUCCGGCAGACUUUGUUAUUUUAGAGAUGCCCGAAGAUGAAGAGAUACCAAUCAUUAUGGGGAGACCAUUUCUAGAGACCGGGAGGUGUUUGAUCGACAUAGAGGAAGAAAACUCUUUGACAAAACAGAAGUUACCCUUGGAGAGAGUUUUGAGUCUAUCAAUCUUCGAAGAAGAGGAGGUAAUUGAUAAAAAAGAUAAUGAAGUUUUAGCCAUGAUGGAAACAUCAUUUGUCAAAGAUUCUCGUCACAACAGAUGGGAGGAUCUAAGGCAACCAUUAGUGGAAGAAAGUAAAGAUGAACCAAAGAAGGGGGCUGAAUUAAAACAAUUACCGGAGAACCUCAAAUACGUCUUUUUAGACACUGAAAGUAAGUGCCCGGCUAUCAUAAGUUCUCAUCUUGAAUUCCUUCAGGAAGAUAAGCUUGUCAAAGUCCUUAAAAAGCACAAAAGUGCCCUUGGAUGGUCAAUUGAAGACUUGAAAGGAAUAAUUCCGACACUCUGCAUGCACAAAAUUUUAAUGGAAGAUAAUCACAAACCGAUUGUCCAACCUCAACGAUGA